GAUGGUCGCGCGGAUUGUAUAGCAAAUCAAGACGGUGAAAGGCAAAUACCAACAGUUGUCGCAUUUUCUGGUGACGAAGAGUUUACCGGGUCUCAAGCCAAAGCACAAUUACUACGCAACUCAAAAAACACAAUCACGCAGUUUAGGAAUUUGAUAGGUAAAAGCUAUCAAGAAAUAGUUUCAACAGAUAACAUUAUCACAAAUGACGCCGCUCCACUGGUAGAAAAAGAUGGCGAACCAGCAUACAUGGUAACAUACAAAGAUCAAGAGACAACAUUCACCGUCUCUGAAAUCCUGACAAAAUAUAUUACACUGCUUGGCGAAAGUGCUGCGCAUUUUUUAGGACAGAAUGUGAUGGGAGUCGUAUUGGCCGUUCCAACAUAUUUUACUGAACUACAAUGCGAAGCGUUGAAAAAAGCCACCGAGAAUGCGGGAUUGCCCGUACUUCAAUUAAUUCAUGAACCAGUUGCCGCUGCCUUAGCAUAUCAACUAGGCGAAAAAUCAUCUCCCUCUAGACCAUCAUCAUCACAAGAAACAAAUACUUUAAAUAAUUCACCUACCGUAUUAUCAGCAACAGGAAACGACACCACGGCACUAAUUGUAGAUCUUGGCUCAGAAUCUCUUGACGUGACCAUUAUUUCAGUACGUUCCGGCAUUUAUACAAUAAUGGGAAGUAUUCAUGAUCCAUCUCUGGGCGGCGUGGCAUUUGAUCAACUGUUAGUGACACAUUUCGCGAACGAAUUCAAACGUAAAUCAAAAAUUGAUAUUUCGAAUAACCAACGGGCAUUGGCAAAAUUACGCACCUCAGUUGAAUAUACUAAAAAAACGUUGUCGAGCAGUUUAAAUGCUCCUUGUUCGGUGGAAUCGUUGGCGGAUGGGGUUGAUUUCCAUGGAACGAUUAAUCGGACGAGAUUUGAGAUUAUGGCGAGUAAAUUAUUUACGAGAUGUUUGAAUGUUAUUAGAGACACGUUGAAAGAGAAUUCAUUGGAACAUUAUUCAAUAGAUGAGGUGAUUCUUGUGGGAGGCGCCUGCCGGAUCCCCAAACUCCAAACAAAACUACGUGAAAUAUUUACAAAUCCAGGAACCCAUAUUCGCCUCGAUCUCGAACCAGACGAAGUAGUUGCAUACGGAUGUGCAUACCAAGGAGCCUUAAUCUCCGACCUCAAAAUCAAAGGUUAUCAAAUUCAAGAUAUUAUUAACGAUCGCGAAAUUACCAACGUUCCACAUCUCACCAAAGCAAUUGGUAUUUUGAAUGCACAUGAACAAUUCGUGACCAUUGUGAAAGAGAAUACGCCAUUGCCAGCUCGACGAGUGGUGCAGUUCUCAAAUGUGGAAUUGGCUCAGAAGGAAGUAUACGUGGCUGUUUGGGAGGGUAGUCCACAACAAGUAAAGACUGAGGAGGAUGAGAAUAAAAAUGAAGAUGAAAAAGUAGAGGCAAUAAUAAAUAAAGCGGAAAUAUUAGAGAGUAAAGAUGAUGACCCGUCAUCAUCAGUAGUACUAGAAACACCGAAAAUAGUGCCAGAAAAAUUGCUAGCGGAAAUGGUAUUAUCCGAGUUAAAACCAAGUAGCAAAAUAGGCGACAUGCAAAUUGAACUAGUACUAGAAAUAGACAUUAAUAAAAAAUGUACUAUUGUCUUAUCAGAGAACAAGUCUAAUAAAUCGGUUGAAGUGGAGAUUCCUCCUGCUGUCGCAGUUGAAAGCUAA